AUGGCUCAUCAGGAGCUGAAGAGGACCGCCACUCUUGUGGUGGACCAGGCGAGGGAGGCGGCAGUGGAGAAGGUGACCUGCCCCAUCUGUUUCGAGGCACUGAGCGAUUACCCAGAUCAGGUUGGCGCCCUCACCUUCCAGUGCAAACGCGUCGAAGCUGCCCUGUAUCACAGCUCCUGCGUGCUGAACGCCGGCACGGGCAAGUUGAUCUUCCAAGCGGAGACCGGGAGCAGCGUGAGCCCCCUCACGCGCGAGCGGGUGGAUGGCUUUCAGCUUAUGCCAAGCCUCACGAAAGGAAAGGCCUGGGCUUCCUUCGUGAACUGGGAGCAAGGGCCUUUGGACGUGAAGAAGAUCUCAUGCGCGGUUUCUGCGCUCCUGCCAGUGGAUGAGUGUGAUGCACGGCGCUUUGUAUUGAUGGAGCUCGGGCUAUCCGAGGACCAUCCCGACAACACGGAAAUCAAGCAGAAGGAGGUGGUCGACUACUUGCUACCUUCCAUGCGACGUCAGCUCCGUCGCCUUAUCGGUGAAGCCCCGAAGCGAAACGCACCCGCACUCUGUCGGAACUCCGACGAGGGAGAGCUGAAGCAGUGGUUCCAGUUCUGGGAUACCCGGAACACUGGCUUCUUAGACCAUGCUACUCUGCUUUUGGCCGUGACGACGGCCUUCCAUACGGCCCUGGCGAAGUCUGCUGACCCCUCGACGAAGCUGGCGGUGGCAAAUGCCUUCUUUGCGGAGAUCGGGCUCCGGGAGUGCGAGGCAGUGAGCAUGGAUGACUUCGUGGCGAAGCUGGCGCCACAACUCCUCGCCAACCUACCGGUGGCUUAUGGUCGAGGGUGGCCUUCCGGAGCCCCCAUCGAUCCCAAGCAGCCACUGACGCUGAAACUUCGAGAGAUGCGAUCGGGGGUGGAGCGCCCCGUCCAGUUCGACGUGGCUGGAGAGGUGUUGAUUGGCGAUCUGCGCCGUGUGGCACAUCGGCGUUUUCCCGUCGUCCUGGCUCGGAGGGAGGUGAAGCUUUAUGUCAUGGGGCAGCUUCUCCAAGAUGACAUGCAGCCCCUCUUCAAUGUCCGCGGCAUCUACGACGGUGCCACGGUGAACUUCAUGCCAGGGCAGCACAGCGCAGAGUCUAAGGAGCCAUCGCUUUGCGCUACACAGUGCCAGCAGAAACUCCGAAUGGGUCAGAAGCUGAAUCACAACGAUCUGCGCUUCAGCGACCUAGAGGACCUAGACACGGACGACGGCGAGGGCCUGGAGGUCGGUGCCAACCUGUCUCUCCGCUCUGACAGGACAUCCUUCUCCAGGCAGGUCUCGCCAGACUCCACAUCCUCGAAGGCGUUGGGGGACGAUGUCUUCGGCAAGCAGCUUUCCACUGGGAGCCAGACUUCACAGCCGACUCGAAUGACUUCGAACAGUUCGGCGAAGAAGGUGUGUCCCGAUGUUCGGAUGGUCAGCGAAAAGAGGCAGCGUGCGUCGAAAGACGGGAAGAAGUCGACAGAGACGAUGCCAAGGGUCUCCAAGACGUGUCCACUGCUGCUGGAUAAUUGGUCGCCAGAUCCGGAGUGGGCAAUGCCCAGUAGCAAAGAGAAGGCCAAGGUGCCGAAGGCGAUGGGUUGCCAACUCCUCAGCAAGUGA